AUUAACCAAUUUUUAGAAAUCGGUAGCCAUUUUUCCUUCAUUUUUUUCUUCAAUUUCACAAAUUAUCCAUGUUUUUCUUCAAUUUUCAAGCUAAUUCAACAACCCCAUCUUCAUCAAAUUGCAAAAAGAUCUCAAAAAUGUGAAAAAGGUUGAGUCUUUCCUCCAUUUCUGUAAAAAAAAAUCUCAUUUUUUGACCCCAAAACAAAUUUGAGAUGAAUUCACCAUAUGGGGUUUUCCCAGAUGAGGUAAUUCUUCAGAUUCUUGCUAGAUUGCCUGUUAAAUCAGUUUUUAAGACAAAAGUUGUGUGUAAAGUUUGGUAUAAAUUGAUAUCUGAUAAAUAUUUCACAAAUCUUUAUAAUGAACUGUCAGUUAAGAAUCCUAUGGUGCUUGUUCAGGUUAGUGAACCUUCAUCAGAAUCAAGAUCUAGUUUGAUUUGUAUUGAUAAUUUAAAAGGGGUUUCUGAAUUUUCAUUGGAUUUUGUAAAAGAUAGGGUUAAAGUUAGAGCUUGUUGUAAUGGUUUGUUAUGUUUGUCUAGUAUACCUGAUAAGGGUGUUUAUUAUGUUUGUAAUCCAUUGACUAGAGAAUAUAAAUUGCUUCCUAGAAGUAGGGAAAGACCUAUUACAAGGUUUCAUCCUGAUGGUGAAGCUAGUCUUGUUGGUUUGGGUUGUGAUUUGAUGAAACAAAAGUAUAAUGUGGUUUUAGCUGGUUAUCAUAGGUCAUUUGGUCAUCGUCCUGAGAGGACGUUUAUAUGUAUGGUUUAUGAUUCAGAGUUGAACAAAUGGAGGAAGUUUGUGUCGUUGCAGGACGAUCAGUUCACACAUAUGAAUAAGAAUCAAGUUGUGUUUAUUAAUGGUGGAUUGCAUUGGUUGACGGAUAGUUGUUCGUGUAUGCUUGUUCUUGAUUUGGGUACUGAUGUUUGGAGGAAAAUUCAGUUGCCUCAUGAAAUUAGUUGUGGAGUUAGGAGUCGUGUUUAUUUGUUGGAAUUGGAUGGGAGAUUGUCUGUUAUUCAGAUAUAUGAGGCUUGGAUGGUUAUUUGGGUAAUGGAGGAUUACGAGAAGGAAGAAUGGCGAAUGGUUGACAAAGUUAGCCUUCGAUGCAUUAGAGGGAUGGUACCGGGCAUUUUCCCAAUAAGUCAAAAUGACAACUAUGUUUACCUUGCUACACAUAAGCAGGUUUUGGUAUAUCAACGAAACAGCCGUGUGUGGAAGGAGAUGUUCUCGGUAAAGGACAGCUCAACCUUGCCUUUAUGGUUUUCAGCACAUGCCUUUAGAAGCACUCUCUUUUCAUGCCAUUGAUCCGAGGGUCGUGUACAUCUUUCUAUUCAACUUGUGUACAUAAUGCUAUCGUUAAUCUUAAUUCCUAUCUCUUAUAGUGGUCAUCAUCUUCGUCGUUAGUCAUUUUGUGCAUGCUGUGUGGAACCUCAAAGAUGGUUUUGGCUAGGAUAUUGUCAGUUAUAUGUUCACUUAUCGGGGAGCAUGACAAAUGGCUGACAAAGUUUUAGUAUCAAAUAAACAGCCGAGUAUGGAAGACGAUGUACUCUGUAAAGGACAGCUAAACCUUGCGUUUAUGGUUCGUAGCACACGCCUUUACAAGCACUCUCUUUUCCUGCUAUUGAUCGGAGGCUCACAUACAUCUUUCUAUUCAACUGUUAUACAUAAUGCUAUCAUUAGUCUCAACUCCUGUCACCUUGAGAGGUCAUUGUCUUGAUAUUCUGCCAUACUGCAUAUGUCGUGUGGAACCUCAAAGGUGGUUUUGGCUGGGAUGCAAUCAGUUAUAUGCCGACUUAUUGUGGAGAAAGGCAAAUGACGGACAAAGUGAGUCUUCGAUGCAUUAGAGAGAUGGCACCGAGCAUUUCCCAAUAAGUCAAAUUGACAGCUAUUGUUACUUUGCUACACACAUAAGCAGAUUUUGAUUUUGAUUUAUCAAAGAAACAGCCGAGUAUGGAAGGUGAUGUACUCUGUAAGGGACAGCUCAACCUUGCCUUUAUGGUUCGUAGCACCACGCCUUUACAAGCACUCUCUUUUCCUGCCAUUGAUCCGAGGCUCGUGUACAUCUUUCUAUUCAACUGUUGCACAUAACACUAUCACUAGUCGAACUCUCGUCUCUUUGAGCAGUCAUUGUAUUGAUCUUUUGUCAUACUGUGUAUAUCUUGUGGAACCUCAGUUCAUCAUAGGCUGUUGGUUUUGACUUGAUUUAAUCCAAUUCAAAUGUUUGAGAUAUUCUUUCAAGCUAGUUUGAAAGUGGUUAAAGUUA